AGCAAAGCAAAAACGUUUCCAAACUGUUUUCAAAAAAAGUCGUUGGGCUGUCUUUUUGAAUAUACGCGGGAACGAAUCGUAACGAAUUAAUCCGAAAGUACCCGAGCACUUAUUGUUUUGUUUAUACCGCAAUUUUCUCAAGGUUUCUGCAAUUUCUCUCCAAAAAAUUUAAUAAUUUUGAAGAAUAAAUGGUUGAUAUAAAGAAAUUCACAGAUGUUGAUCUCUAUGGAUUGUUGGGUGUUGAAAUCUCAGCAUCAGCAACUGAGAUCCGGAAAGCAUACCGGAAGAAAGCCCUCGAUUGCCAUCCGGACAAGAAUCCCGAUAAUCCCAAAGCAGCCGAGUUAUUUCAUGAGCUAGCCAAGGCUCUAGAAAUCUUGUCAGAUGACUCAGCUAGGGCGGCUUAUGACAAAGUUUUGCAUGCUCGGAAGGCAGCCGAGCUGAGGAAUCGUCAAUUGGACAGCAAGCGGAAGAAGCUCAAAGCAGAUCUCGAGGAACGUGAGAGGGCAGCCUCUGCUGAGGCAAAUAAGAAAAAAUCCUACCACACAGAGGCAAAAUCACCAGAAGAGGAGCUUCGGGAGGAAAUUGAGAGGCUCCGGAAAGAGGGAUCGCGUUUACUGGAGGAAGAGCAGGAACUUCUUCGACAGCAAAUCCAUGAAACUCUCCGUAGUACAACUGUGUGGGAUUCAUCGCAGCACAGGAUAAAGAUCAAGUGGAAUGCCGCCAAGGGGGACACGACGAAUGGAGGCUACUCUGAGGAAGUUCUCCGGAAGUACCUUCAGAAGUUCGGGGAUAUUGAGGCAAUCUUGGUGUCAACGAAGAAAAUGGGAAGUGCUAUUGUGGAAUUCAAGACACGAGAAGCAUCAGAGAUGGCCAUUGCGUACGAGAAGGGAAAUCCAGAGAAUCCCAUGCGCCUGGAAUGGAUUGGAGAGCCGCCCAAAGAGAAGAAAUCAACCACACAGACCUCCAGUACGGUCAAUGAGAGGGAUUAUGAGGAUCUCGUACUGCGGCAGAUGCGUCAGGCAGAAGAACGGAAGAGAUUAAUAGACCAGAUGAUGAAAGAGGAGGACCAGGAGAGCUGAUUCGGCGGAAGUGUCUGAAUAAAUUAAUUUAACAAGAAA